CCCAGGUUGGUCUCCUCUGUCCAGGCCGUCAUGGCCUCCACGGCCGGGCUGAUCAUCGCCAGCUCCUGCCAGGGCAACGUCAUCGACGACAGGCACUGGCUGGCCUGGGCGUACCCGUCCUUCGCCGUGCCCUAUUUCGUGUACGACGUCUAUGCCAUGUACCUGUGCCACCUGAGCCGCGCCCAGGUCAAAGGUCACGGCGCCCCGGCCCCGCCCCGCGCCGCCGCCGCCUUCCUGCGCCAGGAGCUGCUCAUGGUGCUGCACCACCUGGCCAUGGUGCUGGUCUGCUUCCCCGUGGCCACCCUGUGGCGCCAGGGCAAGGGCGAUUUCUUCCUGGGCUGUCUCCUCAUGGCCGAGCUGAGCACGCCCUUCGUGUGCCUGGGCAAGGUCCUCAUCCUGUUCCGUCGGCAGCACACGCUCCUGCACAAGCUGAACGCGCUGGCGCUGCUCCUGACCUUCCUGGGCUGCCGCGUGCUGCUCUUCCCGUACCUGUACUGGCGCUACGGCCGCCAGCGGGGGCUGGCGCUGCCCCGCGUGCCCGCGGCGCUGCCCCCCGGCUACAACGCCGCCGCCGCCGCCCUGGCCGCGCCCCAGCUCUACUGGUUCGGCCUCAUCUGCCGCGGCACCUGGCGCCUCUUCCGGCCCGCGGGGGCGCAGCCGCGGCCGCCCUGAGGGGACAACCUGGGGACAGUCCUGGGGACAAUCCUGGGAGAACCUGGGGACAAUCCUGGGAGGACCUGGGGACAACCUGGGAGAGCCUGGGAGAGCCUGGGAGGACCCUGGGAGAACCUGGGAGGACCUGGGAGAACCUGGGAGAACCUGGGAGAACCUGGGAGGACCUCAGGACAAUCCUGGGAGAGCCUGGGAGGACCUGGGAGAACCUGGGAGAGCCUGGGAGAACCUGGGAGAACCUGGGAGAACCUCAGGACAAUGCUGGGAGAAGUUUUGGGGUCUCCAUGGGUUCCUCACACCCCAGAGACCCCAUAAUGACAUCAGGAGCUGUUCCAGAGUGUCCCCAUGGUUCUCCACAAACCCCCCUGAGAUGUGGCCACCACAAAUUCCUCCCUUCCCUGACAUCCCACAGAAGGUUUGGAGGUGCCCAUGGGUUCCUCACCCCCCAGAGACUCCAUAACUGCAUCUGGAUCCCUUCCAGAGUGUCCCCAUGGUUCUCCACAAACCCCCUUGAGAUGUGGCCACCAAAAAUUCCCACCCUUCCCCUCAGCCCAGAAGAACUUUUGAGGUCUCCAUGGGUUUGGGACCCCCAGAGACUCCAUAACUGCAUCUGAGAACCUGGGAGAACCUGGGGACAAUCCUGGGAGAACCUGGGAGAACCUGGGAGAACCUCAGGACAAUGCUGGGAGAAGUUUUGGGGUCUCCAUGGGUUUGUGAGCCCCCAGAGACCCCAGAACCACGUCAAGAUUCCUUCCAGAAGGUCCCGCAUUGGGUCCUCCAAACCCCCCUGAGAUGUGGCCACCACACAUUCCUCCCUUCCCUGACAUCCCACAGAAGGUUUGGAGGUGCCCAUGGGUUCCUCACACCCCAAAGACCCCACAAUGACAUCGGGAGCUG